ACUUCUUCAGAAAAACAAUUGUUCCAGAAGACCUGAAACAUGAGUCAUUGUUCCCGUGCCUCCAAACUGCAACACCAUGCCCACUGUGACUCCUGCUACAGCCGGCGCUGCAGGACUCGAGUGGAGCCCUCUGUGUGCUGCGCGGUCAUUUCCUGUCGCCUCCUCUGUGGAGCUCUCUUCCACCUGUGUAAAGAAGAGGAACAUCUGCUCCUCUGUCCUAAUGUGAGGAUACCCUGCCUCAACGUCGAGUAUGGCUGUCCAGUCCACCUGACCCGCUCCUCGCAGGCGGCCCACCUGCAGGUGUGUCCUGCCAGCGUGGUCUGUUGCUCCAUGGAGUGGAACCGCUGGCCAGCUAAUGACGCUUAUUCUCAUCCAAACACAGACCUCUACGAGAAUCUCCUCAGGGAAAGAGAGAAGGGAGGGGAAGGAAGUCUGGAUGUGGCCAUGGCUCUGAAAGACCAGGACCACCUCUUCCACUCCAUGAAGAUGAAGAAACUUUUUCCAGAGCUAACUGAGAGUGUGGAAGAGGAAGAAGAGAAGAGGGAGGAGAAGAAGAAGAAGAAGUCUGCUGUGGAGAAGGAGGGAGCAGAAAGACCAGAUGAUAGUCGCACCUGGGAGUCUUUUAACAUUUUUAACAUCCAACCCAGCUAUGAAAAGGAGUAUGAGGUGGAACCUGAACAUGAGCUAACCCAAGAGGAGAGGGAGGCUCUUGCCAGGGCCUCCAUUGUGAAGAUGGAGCUGCUGGAGAACUAUAACGCCUGGGAGCAAAUGUUCAGUAUGGAGAUGGGUGGCUGCAGGGAGGCCGGAAGAACAACUUCAGCAGGAGGGCAGAGAGGGCGUAAAGACAAAGUGCUGUCCGCUGUGGUGGAGGAGGACACAUCAGACAUCUGCAUGGGGGCUGCAGCAUCGAACACCUUUAUGUAUCCCUGCAAACAGGAGGAACCUCCUCCCUCCAUGUUGUCCUCCACCCGUCUGGACACUCUGAGGAAGAAGUACUUUGAGUAUGGACAUGUGGAGCCCAUGAAGAUUAUCACUGUGCGCACUUUUAAAGCCCCAACCAGCUUUGCCGCCAAGCAGAGUCGCAUCCGCAACCCUGGUUUCUACAAGAGAGAGAGCCUUGCGGUGGACACCAAUGACCUUGGGGCGGCGCUGGAGGAGAUGCCAGUCUGGGAUGAAGUUCAGGCCUCCCUGCUGUGCUCCCUGGAGAAGGAGCAAAGAGGUCACCUUAUUGCUGAGAGCGUAUGCACAGAUGGCCUGCUACAAGACGAGGGCACUCAGACCUACAGCUUCCUGUCGGCGCCAUUCCAGAGAAACACGUCGCUGGCGGACAUAACAGCUGCAAAGCCACUGGAGCUUCACCUGCAGCUGCAGGUAGAGAGCGUCACCAGUCGACAUCACAAGGCCAGCUCCGCCUUUACCUUCCUCUGUGGGCACAGCUUCCAGCGCAGAGAGUAUGCCAAACAUUAUAAAAACAUUCACAGUGACAUCCAGAUGUGUGUGAACGGAUGGUUCGAGCAGAGGUGCCCGCUGGCAUAUCUGGGCUGCACCUACAACCAAAAGAGGUUCCAGCCCUCCACCCAUGAAGCCACCAUCACUUAUGAUGAGGAUCUGGGCUGCUUCAGUCUGCAUCCAACCAUCACUACCUCUGUAGGUCACACUGCCCAGCCCUCCAGGAGCUCAGUGGACUCCACAAGGAGGAAGACACGAAGAGGAGAUGACUCUUUGAGCUCGCUGCCCUAUGAGGUGCUGUGCCACAUGGCCAGUUUUCUAGACAGCCUGUCCCUGUCCCAGCUGUCUCUGGUGUCUCGGCUCAUGAGGCAGGUUUGCUCGUCUCUGCUGCAGGACAGAGGGAUGGUCACCCUCUGCUGGGAGAGGAAGACCUACUCACAUGGUGGAGCCAAGUGGAGGGUAAAACACAAGGUAUGGCAGUUCAGCACCCUGUUUUCCCCCGUGGACAGUUGGUGCUUCCAGAAUGCACCAUCCAUGUCGGAGCAUCUGAAGGUGUGUCCGUACUACCAGAAACAGGCAACAACAGAGAAGAUUCUCCUGCCACUUAUCCGGGAAGAAGUUCCAACCAGUGCACAGUGCAAAGGCCAAACUCUGGUUAGCUUGUUCCAGAGGAACAGGAUUAUAAUGUAAAGCACUGAGCUGCAAUUUAAUACUUCAAUAAAGCACCUUCAUGUAAUCUUAUCUAAACAAUGAAGCAAAACAAUCAAAUAAAAUAAACCGACUCCACAACAGAUGAAGACAAAGAAGAUUCAAACUGCAGUUAGAAAAUUGGUUUUCAGCAUUCUUUUUGUUUGGAUUUUGUUGUUGUGAUUGCAGUAAUAAAGUCAGUUAUAUUUAUCAAUGCUAAUGUUAAUAUAUUACUACUUCUUCUGCCACUGUAAUAACUCAAAUUGUCUUAAAAAAUUGGAAAUAUGGGGGUUUGUUGUUUGUAAACUAACAUGAAUGCAUUUUCAAAUUAAUGGCUCAUUUUUUUCCACAUUUCUCCAUAAUGACAGGAAAAGAUUCAACUUACAUUUCCCCCUCAAAUUUUUAUAUUUACUACUCAGUUAUAAACGGUUGGGACUGCAUGGACUCCUUUUAAUGUGCUCUGCAUCAAGAGAGCAAAAAUGUAAUUACUACUCAACAUGCAAUGAAAAACAUGAAAAAGAGCUGACAGUUGAAAUGAUUAAUCAAGCAAUUGAAAAUUUAUUGGUAAAUAGUGAGGGUUGUUGAUUUUGUUGCAAUCCUAAAUAAGAAAAAGUUGGGAUGAAUUGUAAAAUAAUAAUUAAAAAAAAACAAUUCUUACAUUUAUUUUGACCUAUUUCAUUG